AUGACUGAAGAAGAUCAGAAAUCGUUUUACGUCGACGAAAUUCGAAAGCUCCACUUCGAAAUGAUCUCCAGACCGCACGUGCACAAAAACAUUUCUUCACUGCUCGAUAAUGUAAGAUAUUACCAUGAGUUAAUUGGUAUACCACUUGCAGAAGAAAUACGACUGGCUGAAAAAAAACUGAAAGGAAAAUCUAAAAAUUAUCUCACUAGAGUAUCUGGAGGACAUGAUGCCAAACUUGGAUUCUUUCCAUUCAUUGCAGGUCUGCGAAUCACACUUAUUAAUGGCAAAGCAUCGGUGUGCGGAGCUUCACUGGUAACCUUAACUCGCUUAGUGACGGCUGCACAUUGCUGGAAGGAUAGCUCAUACAAGGCCAUAAGUAUGCUUGUGGUUCUGGGCUCUUUGAGCAUAUUCAUAAAGGAAAAAAGUGGCCAAUCUGUGUCCACAAGUGAUGUUGUCGUCCAUCCCAAUUUUGACGCCCAGAAAAUAUUAAAUGACGUAGCAGUAAUAAGGCUUAAAAACAAGGUCAAAAUUACUAAGACCGUACAAGUAGUCAGAUUGCCAACACGGAAUAUGUUAGAGAAAACUUUCGAAGAAUAUCGGGCGUACAUUGCCGGAUUCGGAAGAAUGAGUUCUAAUAGUAUUGUCGACAGCCAUGUGAGAUUGGGUUACAAGAAAAUCAAAGUAAUAGGUAACGAGAAAUGUAAAGAUUACUAUGGCGAUGUUUUAAAACCAACCUAUAUAUGCGCCGGAGCACCAGACGGAGCUGCGUGUAGAGGAGAUUCAGGGGGACCUUUGGCUUAUAAGACAAAAAGUCAGUAUUAUCUGAUUGGGGUAUCAUCAUUUGGACCGCUGGACUGCGGCGAGAGCAGUGCGCCUUCAGUCUUUUCAAGAAUCACGUCGUAUAUAGAUUGGAUACAAAAACAACUAUGAACUUGAUUGUAAUAUAACUU